UCCAGCGGUAGCAGAGCAGAAUGGGAGCUCCUGUUGUCACUUUUCAUUUAAACACUUGAUAGACGGCAAGUUAUCGGCUAGAGAUGGGAAAGGGUUGUAAAGUUGUGGUGUGUGGCCAGGCAGCUGUAGGAAAAACUGCAAUACUGGAACAAUUGCUAUACGGAAAUCACACUGUAGGCUCUGAGUCCAGUGAGACCCAGGAGGACGUGUACGUGGCCUCGGUGGAAACUGACCGCGGCGUGAAGGAACAGCUGAGACUAUACGAUACCAAAGGACUGCACGAUGGACAAGACCUCCCCAAGCACUACUACUCUGUGGCAGACGGCUUCGUGCUAGUCUACAGCGUGGACAGCUUGGAGUCUUUCAAGAGGGUGGACGUCCUGAAGAAGGAAAUAGACAAGUCCCGAGAUAAAAAAGAGGUGACCGUCAUAGUCCUGGGGAACAAGACGGACUUGCGGGAGCGGCGUCAGGUAGACCAGGAGGUGGCGCAGCAGUGGGCGCGAGGCGAGAAGGUGAAGCUGUGGGAGGUGAGCGUGUCCGAGCGCAACACCCUCAUCGAACCCUUCACCCAGCUGACCAGCCGCCUCACGCAGCCUCAGAGCAAGUCUUCCUUCCCCCUCCCGGGACGCAAGAGCAAAGGCACCCCGUCCAACGACAUGUGAAACUCCUGAAGAUACACUCACUCACCUCCCGCUCCUCUUAACAAUAAGUCUGCAUUCACCUCAUGUGGGAAUAACCAGCAGGACAGUUGAGACCUAGACUUUAGGUUUACAACCGUCCAUUAUCCACAGUUUGGUUGUUUCUAUGUAGAUUAUUACCACAACACUUACAUCAUUCCCAGUGUUUACUUCAUUUUAAAGGUUAGUUCACCAUUGGGGAAAAUGAUCCUUUAUUUGUUUUCUUUCAGCAAGAUGAUAUUGAUACCAACACUCCAGCUGUGUGUUUAGUACACAGCUGGAGUCAGGAUGUGGUUAUCUUAGCUUAUCUUAGCUUAGCAUAAAGACUCGAAGCAAAGGGUAACAGCUUGUUUGGCUCCGUCCAAAGUUCAAAACUGCACCUACCAACACCUCUAAAGCUAACUUAACACAUUGUAUGUCCAAUGUUUAACCAGUAUACAUAGGAAUGUGAAAAUGUGUGGUUAUGGGGGGAGUUGAAUGCAGUGUAUACAGUCUCCAGCUGAUGAUAAGAUAAGAUCUCAGAAAGUUGCUCUCGUUGUAGUUUGGUUGGGAAUGAAAAUGUAUUGCCCUUGAGGGAGUUACAAGUUGUAACUUUUUAUUGGUGAAAAACAUCCAGCAGAAGUGAAUGUACACAGCCACUCAAAGCCUGUUGUCAUAGUGAUAUUGCCAAGUUUGGUACCAGCUUACCUUUACACGAACCAUAUCUGACAACAUGUGCUUUAGCCACAAACAAAUGGUGGGCGGAGUAAGUGUUGUAAGUCAUAAAAUAGUUCCAACACAUAACUGCCUCUAA